CAUGGCCAAUAUUUGGUGGAACAUACUUUGUUUUUGUUGUUGUUUACCCUAAAGUUGUUUUAAUCUCCUUUUUUUUUCUUUUCUUAAACCUCUCUUUGGAGUGAAAUGCACCCAAGGCCUCAGUAUACCUUUGAAGUCAGGAUGUUAGAACUUCCUCCUGGGCACUUGGUGAUGGUGUGGAAGAUUUGCUUGUUCAGAUGAUAAGUUACCAAGUAACCACAGUGAGUCGGAGCUCACCCAACAAGAAAAGGCAACAGCUAUGACUCACUUUUUGUACUAAAUACGGUUGACAUCUCUGUAAAUACAUGUGUCUCUAAGUCCCUAUAACACUGCAGAAAUAAAACACGCUUACGCUUUACCGGAACGUUUGGUGUUUCAUGACAUAUUUAAAUAGAGCGUGAAAGAGUGCGUUUAGUAAAGUGUGCCUGAUGGUCGCGAAAAAGUAUGUGGGAGGUCAGGAAGUGGUGAGUUUGUCACGAGUGAAAUGAGCCCCUGCAGUAGCUACAGGAGUUUAUUUUGACAGUUUCAGGUGACGAGCACGUUGAGCCAAAUGGAGGGACUGAACUAUCUGAUGCUGUUUUGCUGCUUUGCAUUUGUCUGCGUUGAUGGAGGAGACUCGGUUGGGUCAUGUGAAGUUGCAUUCGUGGGCCGGAGAGGAACGACAUGGAAAAUUGCCCCACAGCAAAGUCUGACAGUCGAGUGUCCUGUCAAACACUGUGGACAAACGGUAAAUGUCACCUGGUGUAAACUCCUCAAGCCACACCGCUGUGAACAGCUUAAUCAAACAGACAAUAUAGAAAUAAGACAGCGUCACAACCCAGCUAACGAUGAGCUAGUAUCCUAUUUAAGUUUCAAGCGGAUUUCCGUUCAUGAUGACGGCCUCUACAGAUGUCAUUUAAAAAGGGUCCCAUCUCAUUUUGGAUUCAGUCAUCACAUCAACAUCUCAGUUUCAGAUAUAUACAUGGGGGCUGAAUACUCUGAUAAGGCAGCAGUCAUGUCACUGAGCGCUGAUGAUGAUGAUGAUGAUGAUGAAGUUGCGCCCUGGCUGCCCUAUUUCUGCAUCACCAUGAGCAUAGUUGUUCUGGUUGCCGUCAUGGUUGUGUUAACUCUCCUGAGAUUCUAUGGCUGGAAGCGAAUACUGAUCUUCAAAGACACGAAGGGAGAGGAGAUGCCCACUCAAAUGAUACCAGACCUCCCCAAGUGGACUGAGUCUUCCUCUCCUGCCCUACAAAGUCGUAUCUUUGUUGUGAAUGACAUCUACUCUCCAACUACUCCAGAAACACCAAAAUCACCACCUGCCCCGUCACCCGCUGAAGACCAGCCUGCUGCUUCAGACACAGCAGAUAAAACGUCUGCAGUGUACGCUGUCAUCAAUCACAGUCAGCCUGGGAUGGCUGCCAGAAAACAGAAUGCGGCGACCAAAGAGGAAAAAAGUCCACAGUACACUGUCGUCAAAGUUCCCUGACACUUUGGUGUGUCACAGACACAUACAGUUGAAAUGAUGGAAAAAAUGUUGUGUCACGGAACAAGGAGAUGGCUGAGCGAGAUCAGCGCCGCUGCAGAAGGAGGUGAACGGAGGAGGCUUGUGGUCGUGCAGAUGUACAGUGUUUCAUCUAAAGUUGGUAUGAUAGACCAGAAGCAGUAAUGAAUAUAUUCUCUCAUGCUCAGGUUUGUGAAUACCUUGUUUUCUUUCUUUUAGUUUGCAUUUGUGUCACUUUGGGGGGAUUUUUCAGCUUUGGUGGUUGUUAUAAAAAAGUUCAGUUGGUUGAGUAAAUGUGUCAUGUACAGAUUCACUGACUUUCUCUUGCCUUUUUUGGCAUGAAAGUGGAACUUUGGGGUGGAGAUCUAUGUUGUGAAAAAAAAAAAAACAGCUUUGUAAUAUAAUCCUCGGCAGAUCUGUGACUUUUGAAAACAUGCUUUUGAGAUGCGACAGUAUUUAUUAGGUAUGUUUGCAUUUCUUCUGAGCUCAUUAUUUUAAAGAAAUGUCCAUUUAUACACUUCAUACAUUCUAAACAUAUUUACAGGUA